ACAGCUCAGGCAUCUUGAUCUGAGUGGAAACUUGUUGCAGAUAAUGCCGGAGUCAUGCAAGUGGCCAGAAAGUCUCCACUUSCUGAACCUGUCAUCGAAUCAUCUGAGAAAGGUGACCAAAUGUCUGCCGGUGAGUUUCCUCGAUCUGUCCAGAAAUUACCUCAAAGUGUUGAAGGUUCAACUACUCAGUCUCACCAAGUUAUACAUCUCUGGCAACAAGACUGGACAUUUGCCUGAUGGGUGUUUGCACCAUUGUCUUGUUUUUCUCUCCAUUGGCAACAACAGAUUACAACGUUUCAGCCAAAAUGAGUUAGAUGCCUACAAGACCCUAGAGGCUGGUGGCAGCUCCUACUUCUGCUCGUGUGACUUCGUGGAUUUCAUGAAUAAAGACUUAAAGAAUCAUCGAGUUGGAGUYAAAGACGAGCUGAAGUCUUACAUCUGUGACCCUCCUCAAGCUGCGAAAGACUCGAGCGUUACAGACGUCAAGMCGUCAGUGUUGGAGUGCCACAAAACUUUGACUGUUUUGUUACUCUCCUCGGGAAUCCUGGCUCUGCUUCUGCUCUCUGCAGGCCUGUGUGUUCAGUGCUGUUUGGUUCCUGAGGAGGACCUGCGCCCGGCUGAGAGCCGAGAGAAAGACCAAGUUAAAGAAGCCUUCAAUGAAAAGGACUCUGUUCAGGYGGAGCUAAACCUGGUCCCUACCCUCGAGUAA